AUGGAGAGUGAAAGCAAAGCCAAGAGAGGAGAACUUGCAGAUAGUGCAGAGCUUACUGGAAGAGCUGGAUGGGGUAUUGAAAAGGGAGGAAUUGAUGUGGUCUUAGAGGGUAGAGCUUCAUGGGUAUUGAAAGGAUCUUCAACUCUUUUUACUGAGAUUUAUUUUACACCAUCCAAUCCUACUUCAAUCUCGACUACUGAUGCCGUGGGACCACAUGUGUCUAUUGAGAUGAACUUGCUACUAAAACAAAAGUGUUAUAGGGAUGAGGUUUGGAUAACUUUGAAACCGACGCAUCCUGCUAAAUCUCUGAGACCAGAUGCUGCUGCGGCAUAUGUUUUAAAUCCUACGUCCCCAAAACUUGCAGAAGCUUCAGUUGCUCGUCACAAUAUGCAGUUGUCGGAGACCAUGUCCUAUAGGAAAGUAACUCUGGAACUGGAUUGUGCAAUGGUGGUCACAGCCGUGAGUGACAAGGAGAGAAGGCAACAAGGCAGCGCACUCUCUUAG